AUGGUUUCUUCAACGUGCAAAUCGGUCCUUGUGACAGGAGCCGCCGGUUUUCUUGGUUCCAAUAUGGUGGAUCACCUACUCCAGAACGGUUCAAUGGUCAUCGGAGUAGACAAUUACCAGACAGGAGCUCAAUCGAACAUCCAACACUUGCAAAAUAACCCUUGUUUUACAAUGAUCAACCACAAUAUCCAAAUCCCCUUGAUCCAACUGCCACCGCUACAAGCCAUUUAUCAUUUGGCUUGUCCCGCUAGCCCCCCUCAGUACCAGAAGGAUCCGGUUGAUACCUUAGACACAGCGUAUCAAGGGACACGAAACCUUCUCUCCCUGGCACAACAGCAUAAGUGCCGCAUUCUAAUUUCAAGCACCUCGGAGGUGUAUGGAUCACCGACGGUGCACCCCCAGCCAGAGACUUACUGGGGUCACGUCAACCCAUUUGGACCCCGCGCCUGCUACGACGAGGGAAAACGCGCAGCAGAAUCUCUGGCAUGGGCAUUCCAACAAUCACCGCGCAGCGUUGAUGUGCGCAUCGCCCGCAUAUUCAACACUUAUGGCCCUCGUCUAGCAGCCAGAGAUGGUCGCGUUGUGUCAAACUUCGUGGCAGCCGCUCUCGACAACUCUCCCCUUGUCAUCACAGGUGAUGGCUCCGCAACACGGUCUUUCCAAUUCGUCGAUGAUUGCAUCCGCGGCCUCGUCAUGCUUAUGGAGGUUGAAUUCGCUCCGGGACCGGUCAACAUUGGAAACGAUGUGGAGGUGACGCUAAACGAGCUGGCAAUCAUGGUAGGCCGCGUCGCGAAACAAAUUACCGGAUGUGAGGCACCACCUAUUGAGUAUCGGUUGACCCCGGCCGACGAUCCACCGAAGAGACGGCCUGAUGUGGCACUUGCAAAGCGCACGUUGGGAUGGGCUCCUAUUGUCUCAUUGGAAGAGGGGCUGCGAAGAACAAUCCAGUGGCAGUUGGCUGAGAGGUCUGCCACCAUCCAAAAAGUUUGA